AUGUCUGCGUUAAGUCCAGUUGUGGAUACACAGUCCAAUCGUGGACUCUUUGCCAACAUUGAAGAAUACAUUCGUGUGAUGGGAGGAAAUAAACCAAUCAAGAAGAUCCUGAUAGCAAACAAUGGUAUUGCAGCUGUUAAAGGAAUUCGUUCAAUGAGAAAGUGGUGUAACGAAGUUUUUGGCAGAGCCGAUGAAAUUAAAUUUGUAGUAAUGGCAACUCCUGAAGACAUUCAGGCCAAUGCAGAGUAUGUCAGAUUAGCAGACGAGUUAGUGAAAGUGCCUGGUGAAUCCAAUUUCAACAAUUAUAGCAAUGUCAAAUUAAUUGUAGACAUUGCCGAACAAUACAUGUGUGAUGCUGUUUGGCCUGGCUGGGGUCACGCGAGUGAAAAUCCUGAAUUACCUUUCUCUCUUUCUCAAACUAAACGAAAAAUCUCUUUUAUUGGUCCUGAUGCCUUGCCAAUGGAAGCUCUCGGAGACAAGAUUUCUUCAACAAUUUUGGCUCAAGCUGCUGGAGUUCCUUGUAUUCCUUGGUCUGGAUCCCAUGUUACCUAUGAUAUCGCAAAAGAUGGUUUGCCAAUUCCUGAAGAUAUCUAUUUGGAGUGUUGCAUCACUUCAGAGAACGAAGCACUCGAAUGUGCUCAUAAGAUUGGUUAUCCAAUCAUGAUUAAAGCAUCAGAAGGUGGUGGUGGUAAAGGUAUCCGAAAGGUUACUAAUGACGUAGAAUUGAAGUUAGGAUUUCAACAAGUCAAAAUUGAGGUUCCAGGUUCUCCUAUUUUCCUCAUGAAACUCUCAAGCGAAUCAAGACACUUGGAAGUACAAGUGGUAGCUGACAAACACGGAAAUGCAAUUGCACUCUAUUCAAGAGAUUGCUCUGUCCAAAGAAGACAUCAAAAGAUUAUUGAAGAAGGUCCAGUAACGAUUGCUCCAAAGCAGGUUGUUGAUACUAUGGAGGCAGCUGCUGUCACACUCGCAAAAAGCGUUAAUUACAGUGGUGCUGGUACAGUAGAAUACUUGUAUGAACCAUCUACUCAGCAAGUAUACUUUUUAGAGUUGAAUCCUCGGUUGCAAGUCGAACACCCUGUCACUGAAUGGAUUACUCUUACGAACAUUCCUUCAAUUCAGCUUCAAAUUGCCAUGGGUAUUCCUUUAUACAACAUGGCAGACAUCAGAAGAUUCUUUGGUGUUAAAUUGGAGGACGUGUAUUCGCCAUCUGUUAAAGUUGAUGUGAAUGAUGCUAGCAAGAGACAACCCCCAGUCGGACACACUAUUGCUUGUCGUAUUACCGCUGAAAACCCAGAAAGUGGAUUCCAACCAACUUGUGGUAGCGUGGUAGAAUUAAACUUUAGAACAGCACCUAAUGUCUGGGGAUAUUUUUCUAUUCGUUCUCAAGGUGCUGUUCAUGCAUUUUCCGAUUCUCAAUUCGGCCACAUUUUCACCCAUGGAGCCACAAGAGAAGAGGCAAGAAAAACUAUGCUGUUAGCUCUCUCAGAACUUGCUAUUAGAGGGGAGAUUAGAACAACUGCCGAAUAUUUGCAAUCACUCCUUAAAUUUGACGAUUACAUUGACAAUAGAUACACUACAGCUUGGCUUGACGGACUUAUUGCUCGAAAAAUUAAACUGGAAAAACCAGAUACAUUUUUAGUUGUCACUUGUGGUGCUUUGCACACACUUCACAGAAUGGUCUCCGAAAGAGCAAAGAAUUGGAUUUUGGCUGUAGAGAGAGGUCAAGUUCCAUCGUUUGAUUGUGUAGAUGUUCAUUACUCUAUUGAAUUAAUUUAUGAAAACGUUAAAUAUCAAGUUGACGGAGUUAGAAGUGGGCCUAAUAAGUAUACCUUGGCUUUGAAUGGAUCAACUAGAGAAGCAGAAUUUUCAGAACUAAGAGACAGUGGCUUGUUAAUUAUUAUUGACAACGAAAGCCAUGUUUCUUAUGCAACUGAGGAACCAUCUGGCCUUAGAGUUUUGGUUGAUGGCAAGGUUUGCAUGUUCACAAAGGAGUUUGAUCCUUCACAAUUAAGAUCAACAUUGAGCGGUAAAUUUAUUAGAUACCUUGUUGAAAAUGGUGCUCAUGUCAAACCAAACACACCAGUUGCGGAAUUGGAGGUUAUGAAAAUGAUUGUUACCGUUUAUGCUCCAUUACCUGGUAAAGUUAAUCACUGUCUUGUCGAUGGUACAGGUGUCAAUCAAGGAGACAUCAUUGCCAUGAUUGAUCUUGACGACAAGUCUCAAGUUAAGCGAUCACUUCCAUUUGAAGGGCAAUUCCCACCAUCUAGCAUUUCAACUGCUAGAGUACCACCCAAUAGAGUGAUAGCAUCUGCAUUGGAAGUCAUUGAGAAUCUGUUGGCAGGUUAUGACUAUCCAUCAUUUAUUUUCAAUGAAAAGUUGAGCCAAGCUGUUAGCUCUUUGAAAAAACUCGGAGAUAGAAAUGUUCUCAUUCACGUUUUGAUUGAGAAGAUUUCAGUUUUAAGAAAAUUUUUGCCAAUUUCCUUGAUUAAGGAUGUAAACAAUGUGUUGCUCAAGAGAAAGGAGCAAUAUGAUGAAUACUGUUGUAAGGACAAUGAUGACCACACUCACGAUGUUUACAACGAAGAUUUAAUCAAGGAACUAGUUACUCUCUUCAAGAAUUUUGAAAAUGGACUUGAAGGAGGAAAGAAGGAUGAAUUUUUGCAAGCUGCAAAGCCAGUUUAUGAUAUUUUUGAUCUUUUCAACUCUGGAUACAAACAACAUGCGUUCAAUGUACUUUCAAAGCUUUUUGAAAGCUAUUUGGAAACUGAAAAAGGCUUCGACACUAAGGGAGGAAAGAGAAAGGAGGCUGUAUGGUUUGACUUGAGAGAAAAGCAUAGCGACAACCUCACCAAGACUUACCAAAUUGGACUUUCACAUUGCAGACUAAGAAGCAAGAACAAAGUUAUUCGUUCUCUUUUGGAAGUUAUUGAAGAUCUCGACAUGGUUAAAGAGUUCACUCCAAUUCUUGAUGAACUUGCAGCAUUUGUUGCUCCUGAAUACAGUGAUGUUGCUGUUGCAGCUAAACACAUCCUAACAACAAGCAGAUUGCCUUCAAAGAAGAGAAUGAAGGAUGAAAUGGAAGGAUAUCUUAAGGAUGGGCUUGAAGCAACUGACCAACAACAAAAGUUAGCUUGCUUGAAGGAGUUGAUUGUUAAAUCUAACUACAGUUUUGACAUACUUCUCGAGUUCUUCUCUGAUCCAAAUGAAAGAAUUGCUGAUUUGGCUGCAGAGGUUUAUAUCAGAAAAGCAUACUGUACUUUUGAUAUCAAUAUUGUGAGGUCUGCAUCCCAUGGUAAAUUUAAGACCGUAGAAUUCAACUUUAUGAAUACUGAGAAAUCAACCAAUUCUGGAUCGUUGAAGUCUGAUGGUAUUGUUGGGUCUAUUUCUAUGGAUUCCUUGAACACACUUUCUGAAACAGAAGAUAACCUUGGUUUUGGAGUUAUGAGUAUUUUUGACUCUCUCAACGAUGUAGAUUCCUAUCUUCCUGAUGUUUUGAAGAUUUUCGAGAAUAAUGAUGAUGCUGAUCAUACCAACAUUUUGAAAGUGUUGCUUAAGUGGAAUCAAACCAUUACUCCAAACGAUACUGAACUAGUUUCUGCUCUUACAACUAUCAUGAAGAAGCAUAGCAAGCAACUUGAAUAUAAUGAAAUCAAGAGAGUAACAGUGGUUGUAGAAAUUCAAGGAAGAUUACCAUUCUACUUUACAUUCAGACAAAGAAUUAACUACAACGAAGAUCCAAUGUACAGACACAUUGAGCCAACUCUUGCUUUCCAACUUUUCCUCAAGAAACUUUCAAACUAUGAUGUUAAACCAUAUCCUUGCAGAGAUCCAUCUGUGCACGUUUUUUAUGGCCAAAAGAAGAAGGAACUUGGUUUGAAUAGAUAUGACUAUUUGAACAAGAGAUUCUUUGUUCGUACACUUGUAUUACAAGGCGAUAUUUUCACUGAGGAAAAUCCUGAAGAAUUGCAAAUUUCAGAACUUGAAAGAUACGUUGUUGCAUCAAUCAAUGCAUUGGAAAUUGCUAUGGCUGACAAGAAUUACGCUCCUAGCUAUGCAAACCAUAUUUUCGUCAACUUCUUACCAGAAGUUGUUGUUAAAGCUGACAUGGUCGGUGAAAUUAUUGAAAGAUUCCAAAAGGUUUAUGGUAAGAGAUUGUGGAAGUUAAGAGUCAGCGAAGUGGAAGUACGAUUUACUGCAAAAUUCUCAAAGACAUCUCAACCUCAAACAUUCAGAUUUAUUGCUAGAGAUGAUACAGCUUAUAAUCUCACAUUAGAUAUUUAUCGUGAAGAGAAGGACCAAAACACAGGCAGAACUGUUUACAAGACCGUUGUUGGCGAAAAAAAGCCAUUAGAAGGCCUUGAUGUAAAUAUUCCACACCCAAUUCUCCAAACAGUUGAUCAAAAGAGAGUUAUUGCUCACAACAAUGAAACCUCAUAUGUUUAUGACUUCCCAUACUUAUUCGAAAGAGCAAUUCAGGGCAUGUGGAAAGAAUAUAAUGAGCUAACUCAAGAACCAAUUCCAUCCGUUCUCUUACAAAAGGUUGAAUAUAUUUUGAACAGCGAGACUCAUAAGCUUGUGGAAAAUCCAAACAAGGAUGCUAUUGGUAAAAACACUUGUGGUAUGGUUGUUUGGAAGCUAACCAUGUACACACCAGAAUGCAAAGAUGGUAGAGAUAUGAUCCUCAUUGCAAACGAUAUUACAUUCCAAUCUGGAUCAUUUGGAGUUAUUGAAGACGAAGUCUUCCAAUUGGCAAGCGAGAUGGCCAGAGAUUUGAAGAUCCCAAGAUUCUAUAUUGCUGCUAACUCUGGUGCUAGAAUUGGUUUGGCAGAUGAAGUCAGAGAACUCUUCAAGGUUGAAUGGACUGAUCCAAACGACUGCACAAAGGGAUUCAAAUAUCUUUACCUAACUGAAUCUGAUCAUGAAAAGCUUCAAAAGACUCACUCUGUCAAUGCCACACUGAUUGGAAGUCAAUGGCGAAAAGAGAUGGAGGAUUAUUGA